GUAGGCCGUUAUUGUAAAUAAGAAUUUGUUCGUAACUGACUUGCCUAAAAAAAUAAAAACCCUAUUUCUCGUCAGUAGGCUAUUUUCCACCGCUGCAAAACCAGUAUGACAAGUCACAAGGGCAGUGACGGAAUUUCAGAUAAAAUGAGUUUAACAAACCGGAGCAGAAAGAACAAAGUUGAAUGCCGUCAAGUUUGUGUUGACCAUAUUCCGCGUCAGUAGGCUAGUUCCCAUCGCUGCAAAACCAGUUUGACAAGUCAUAAGGGAAGUGACGGAAUAUCAGAAGUGUUUUCCUUCGCGUUUUCUACAGCCCUACUGUAACACCUCAAUUAUAACUUAUAUGUGCCAUAUUAAGUAUGAAUAGUCCGCGAAGGGACAACAAGUCUUCUCCAGUGGUUCCUCCCAGACCCAGCAGUGAGGUAGGACACUGAUUGAAUACACACACUAGAGCUGGAACGAUAAACCGAAAAGUAUCGAACAGACCGAUCACUUAUCGCAGGCAUUUUGCUGAUCUCGAUCAUUACGGAGAUGAGCAACCCAAACGCACACCGCUUGAACAAAGAGAAUGAUACGAGCAGUAACUCACAGAGGACUGGGAUGAUGGGAGUCAUGCAGAAAGUCAACCCGUUCAAAACCACGACACAGGUUACUACAUCAGCCUCCUCUACAGCCAGUACAGCUACAGAUCCAGUGUCAGAGAAGACUUUGGAUGGAAAUGUCCCUGAAGCGAAACAGAACCUGGGUAUGUUCAAAGGAGUGACACAGAAAGCCAACCCAUUCAGGUCCUCUACACAGGUGAGAAAAGAGGACCCUCCAAAAGACACUGUGGAUCAGGAAAAGCUACCAGAAGGCAAACAGGUCUUCCAGAACCCUGGAAUGUUCACGGGAAUGAUGCAAAAAGUCAACCCUUUCAAAUCUACAGCACAGACACAGGACACUCAGUCGAUACACAGUGAUCUGUCCUCCAGUGCUGGCAGUCUGGCCGAGAACACCACAACAGAAAGACAAGUGAGAAAGGAGGACCCUUCAACAGACACUGUAGAUCACCAAGUGACAGCGAAGCUUCCUGAAGCCAAGCAGAACCCUGGAAUGUUCACGGGAAUGAUGCAGAAAGUCAACCCAUUCAAGUCUACAGCACAGAAUCAGGAUACUCAGGCCAUACACAGCAAUCUGUCUUCCAGUGCUGACAGUCUGGCUUCUACAGGAAGACAGGUGAUAAAGGAUGACCCUCUAACCGACUGUGUGGAUCACCAUGCCACAGAAAAGCUGCCAGAAAGCAAACCGCAGCAGAAUCCUGGAAUGUUUAUGGGAAUGAUGCAAAAAGUCAACCCUUUCAAAUCUACAACACCGAUUCAGGACACCCAGUCCAUACACAGUGAUCUUUCCUCCAGUUCUGGUAGUCUGGCUGAGAGUAACAGUUCUGCAGUCAAACAGAACCCUGGGAUGUUCAAGGGAAUGAUGCAGAAAGUCAACCCAUUCAAAUCUACAGCACUGACCCAGGAGACUCAGCCGUCAUACAGCGAUUCAUCCUCCAGUUCUGACAGUCUGAGUGACACCAGCGUCUUCAGCCCUGCGGAGAAUCAGACCGUGUGGUACACAGACAACGAAGCAACUUCUUCAGUGAAAAGUGGACCUCCACCACCACAAGAAAAUAAGAAAAGGACUGGGACAUUCCAAAUCCGAAGGAUUCUCCCUGGUGCCCUGUUUGGCUAUGAAGCUAAAAAUACUGAUGCUCAGCCCACAGCCCAGGCGGGCCUAGUGGAUGUCCAGACACUUGAGAUGGCUGCAGUGCCAGUACCUGGUGAAGGAAACCCACUGGACAGUGAGGAUAAGGAGGAAGGUCUUAUGGAUUGGUGGCAAACAGUAGAGGGUUGGGAAACGUGGAAGGAGUCCAACACCUUUGACGCGGAUGAAGGCGAGAUGGCAGUGGAGGCGGUGGCGGACCGUGUCUUCAUGGCGGCCCGUCUCUUCGUGCGUCUCUUCAACCAGCGCGGGGCCUCCUUACAGCAACGCAUCCUGGAGCUCCUAUCAUUGGCCGACGCCGCCGACAGCUUCCACAAGAAGACUGUGAAGGCCAGCGUGGGGGGCGGAGUCGCCAGCGUUGCUGGGAGCAUCACCACUAUCACCGGCCUCAUCUUGGCGCCGUUCACCAUGGGAACGUCGCUCAUCGUCACGGCGGUGGGCAUCGGUGUUGCGACGGCGGGCGGGGUAGCGUCAGCCUCUGCAAAUAUUACCGAUACGGUGCACUCCAAGACAGACAGGAAGAAGGUGGAGAAGAUGAUUCAGGAUUACCAGGAGGAGAUGAAGGAUAUCAAGGAGUGUCUGGACUUUUUGCAGGUCGGUAUGGAGACCCUGGAGGAGUGGGACUUUGAUCAGUACGUGGACAGCAUCUCUAAGAAAUAUCUCAACCAGAAUGUCAAACACGUGAUGAAGGAGGGUGGCCGGGCCGGCAAGGCAUUACUAAUCAACACAGAAAGUCUGAUCAACACCGUGCAGGUUCUCAACGUGGCAGGCGGAGCGGCCAAGGCAGCCCAGGUGAUGAGUGUCACCACAGGAGUAAUGUCGGGUCUCUUCCUGGCCCUGGAUGUGUUCUUCCUGGCAAAAGACUCCAUCGAGCUCAACAAAGGAGCCAAGACGGAGUUCGCUGGGAAGAUCAGGGAAGUGUGUAAGGAUCUUCAGAAUGGACUGUUGGAGCUCAACCGCAUUAAAGAGCAACUGCAGAAAACUAUGGAUGGGAUCGAGGUGGUGGAAGAAGAGGAGGAAGAGGAGGAGGAGGUGUACGAGUCUGAUCCAGAGAAACUGGCCCAGUUGGAAGAAUGAGUGAAGGAAGAGAGGGAGGGAGGGAAGUUUUCGGUUGUGAAACCGAAGGCGUUUGACCAAAAAUGUUGACCAAUUUUUUUUGUUACUUAUUCCUUUACAUGCAGUAGACCUAUAAUCUGUGCUAUGUUUAAGCCAAAAAGGUGCCUAGAAUGUUUUUGACAUGGCCAAACUUUGCCAAAUUGCCACUUUAUUUUUCAGUCGAGAAUGUAGUGCCUUAUUUAAUGUAACACCGAAGGUGUCACUAGUCUUCUUAUUUCUAUAUUUUGCUCAUUUUUAUGACUGGUUAGUAGGGGAGAGUUUGGAAUGAUGACCCAUUUUUUUACAUUCAGCAUCAGUAGGUCAAGCUAAAUAUAGUAUUCUUUCUAACAAAGAUAUUGAAAUAUAUUUCAGGAUGUCAUGUAUCUCUGGAAAUAAUCAGAAUUCAUGUAAACAAAACACUUUUGAAAACACAGCUUGUCCAACAAAAGUAGUCACUUGGUUUUGGGAUAAAUUGAGCAUAGGGACACAUUUCUAACACUUUGUACUUUUCAAAACACUUUUAACGUAGGCUCAGGCCCUGGUUUAACCUCAUAUCCCAGUGAUAAUGCCUUGCAUUACGCCUAGGAAGAAAACACUUCAUUUGAGGGCCUUAGAGGGGGAUGAACCUAACCGAGGAAGGCAUUUUUCAUCAUUUGAGUAAUUAUGACUAAUCAAGGUGUCUUCAAAAAAUGAUGCUUGUUAUGCAUAAAACUGACAAUGUAAUAAUCAUUUUUAUGGGGUAUAUUGAUAGCCAAUGGCUCAAUUUGACCCUGGCAACAAUUUUGACUAUAUUAGACCACACAAGGAUGCACUUUCAUGCUUCUGUUGGUAUAAGACUUCAAUUUUAGCUUAUAAAGACCCCAAAUGAUGUAUAGAACAAUCUACUUUAGUUUAGAUACAAGCAGUGGUGUCAAGUACUUAAUAAGUAAAAAAUACUUUAAAGUCCUACUUAGUAGUUUUUGUGGGUAUCUGUACUUUACUAUUCAUAUUUUUGACAAAUUUUACUUCACUACUACACUCCUAAAGAAACCUAUGUACUUUUUACUCCAUACAUUUUACCUGACACCCAAAAGUGACAUUUUGAAUGCUUAGCAGGACAGGAAAAUUGUCUAAUUCACACUUUUACCAACAGAACAUCCCUGGUCAUCCCUACUGCCUCUGAUCUGGGGGACUCACUAAACACAUGCUUCGUUUGUAAAUGAUGUCUGAGUUGGAGCAUGCCCCCGGCUAUCAGUAAAUACAAUAAAAACUGGAACAUGUGGCCA